UUUUGGCUCUGGGAGGUCACAUGUUUCGGGGUCUCCUUUGUUUUGAGUUGAGCUCGAACUUGAAGCAGACAAAAAGAGAGAGCGCGAGAGCGGAGGAGACGCGGAGCUGUUGUGCGGCUCCUUCUGAUCGGCAGAAAACUGAUUGACAGCACCCAAAAGACGACACUCAUCAGUAUUUUCUCCAUGAUAUUAUAAAGAGUUGAUAUAACAAUGGUACUAAUAAUGUUGGGACGCAGGUUGAACAGAGGGGAGAGCCGAGCUCAGGAAUCCCCGGUCACAAAGCGUAAAGUUUUUGAAAUGGACCCAAAGUCUUUAUCGGGCCACGAGUUCUUUGAUUUCUCUUCUGGCUCAUCCCAUGCUGAAAGCAUACUGCAAAUCUUCAAUGAAUUUCGCGACAGCCGCUUGUUCACAGAUGUAAUAAUCUGUGUUGAAGGCAGGGAAUUUCCUUGUCAUCGAGCUGUUCUUUCAGCAUGCAGCAGCUACUUCCGAGCUAUGUUUUGCAACGAUCACCGAGAAAGCAGGGAGAUGUUGGUAGAAAUCAAUGGAAUUUUUGCAGAAGCUAUGGAUUGUUUUUUACAAUAUGUGUAUACAGGCAAGGUUAAAAUCACAACAGAUAAUGUGCAAUACCUCUUUGAAACAUCAAGUCUCUUCCAGAUAAGUGUUCUGCGUGACGCUUGCGCUAAGUUCCUGGAAGAGCAACUGGAUCCUUGCAACUGCCUAGGAAUCCAGCGUUUUGCCGAUACACAUUCACUGAAAACACUCUUUACCAAAUGCAGAAAUUUUGCACUGCAGAAUUUUGAGGAUGUGGCCCAGCAUGAAGAAUUUCUUGAACUUGGAAAAGAUGAACUCAUUGAUUAUAUUUGCAGCGAUGAACUGGUAAUUGGUAAAGAAGAAAUGGUUUUUGAAGCCGUUAUGCGCUGGGUUUAUCGGGCUGUUGAACUCAGACGCUCAGUGCUACAGGAAAUUCUCACACAUGUGAGAUUGCCCUUGUUACACCCCAACUACUUUGUUCAGACAGUGGAAGUUGACCAGUUGAUCCAAAACUCCCCUGAGUGCUAUCAGCUGCUGCAUGAAGCAAGACGGUACCAUGUACUUGGAAACGAAAUGAUGUCCCCAAGAACUAGGCCACGGAGGUCAACUGGCUAUUCUGAAGUGAUAGUUGUUGUUGGAGGCUGCGAAAGAGUUGGGGGAUUUAAUUUGCCCUAUACAGAAUGUUACGACCCCAUGACAGGAGUGUGGAAAUCACUGGCUAAAUUACCAGAAUUUACCAAGUCUGAGUAUGCAGUUUGUGCUUUGAGGAAUGAUAUCCUCGUUUCAGGUGGAAGAAUCAACAGCCGUGAUGUGUGGAUUUAUAAUUCUCAGCUUAACAUUUGGAUCAGAGUUGCCUCUCUAAAUAAAGGGAGAUGGCGUCAUAAGAUGGCUGUUCUUCUUGGUAAAGUAUAUGUGGUUGGAGGAUACGACGGACAAAGCCGACUGAGCAGUGUAGAAUGUUAUGACUCAUUUUCCAAUCGAUGGACAGAGGUAGCAUCUCUUAAAGAAGCAGUGAGUUCUCCAGCAGUUACCAGCUGCGUGGGCAAACUGUUUGUGAUAGGCGGAGGUCCUGAUGACAACACAUGCUCUGAUAAGGUUCAGUCUUACGAUCCUGAUACUAAUUCUUGGCUACUCCGUGCAACAAUCCCCAUUGCAAAGAGAUGUAUAACAGCUGUAUCGCUAAACAAUCUCAUCUAUGUUGCGGGAGGGCUCACAAAGGCAAUUUAUUGUUAUGAUCCAGUUGAAGAUUAUUGGAUGCAUGUGCAGAAUACAUUCAGUCGACAGGAAAACUGUGGCAUGUCUGUGUGUAAUGGCAAAAUCUACAUCCUUGGUGGGAGGCGAGAAAAUGGAGAAGCUACAGAUACCAUUCUUUGUUAUGAUCCUGCCACCAGCAUCAUCACAGGAGUAGCAGCAAUGCCCAGGCCCGUCUCAUACCAUGGCUGUGUGACUAUUCACAGAUACAAUGAAAAGCACUUUAAACUCUAAAAAAAGAGGAGAGUCUGUAAAUACAAAUAAUUGGCAUAUUACAAUCAGGAUUUGAAAGCUGCCUUUUUCCAAAGUAUCAUCUGGAAAGAUACAAGAUUGUACAUUAUGCUUUUUAAAUUUUGAAAGUGAUUCCUAAUGCAAUUGUUAAAUGUUUUCAGUAACCACAAUUCAGUAAUUUUUCCCAGAGCAAUCCUAACCCUUUAUCUGUACUGCUGGUGGGGUAAAAGAUGGGCUCCCUCUAUUGGGAUCAGCUGGCACCGGGCUCUGCUGCCACUAUGUCCCCCAUUGUGCCCACUGAAAGUGCAACAGAGCAACACUAACACAGGCAGUGACUGCCAUAAGAACUCAAAAUGGACAGGGCGGAACAGGGCCAGCAAUGGAUCUGCUAAAUCCAAAGCAGAUCCAUUUCAUUGCAAGGAACCUGAUUUGGGCUUCUCAGCUACAUAAGCAUGGAGCUAGUGGAGCAAGAGUGUUGGAAACUACUAUCGCUGCUUCCCCCCCACCCCUUGUCAGCCCAAGCGCAGAUGUCGCUGUGACUCUUCUGCUCAGUUCCACAGUUGUACCCUGGCCACAGUUAGGAUUUCUCUGUCCUAACAUGUUCUGGUUUGAAAACUGAAUCAAUUUAUAUUAGUAAUUAGAUCGUGUUCACUUCUAUGUUAUCUGUAAAACAAAACACCUUGGAUUUUGGGUGUAUAGCAGUGCCUUUGGAAGUAUUCAUCCCUAUUUUAUAUGAAGCAUUAUCUGCAUAUUUUCAUACCUUAUUUGUGGUAAGCACUGUUAACAACUUUACUGCUGCAAGUAUGUGGGCAUUAGAAUUGGAAUUCUGUCUGAAGAUCUAAAUAACUUCAAAAUAUUGCAUUGGGCUUUGGUAACAGGAUAGACCCCUCAUCAGUAAGCACUAUAUGUACAGGGACAUUCAGUGAGGAAAGCACACACAAAUCACACAUGGUUAUUUGAAUAUAAUCAUGGGAUUGCUUUAAAUCUUGCUUCUACACAAAGUCUGAGAAGCUAUUGAUUCUGCCUUGAAUGUUCAGAAUUCCCACUUGAAGGCUAUCUGAGCUCACAUCACAAGUACUCACUAGAAAUGUUCUGUAGAACCUAUGAAGAUUUUCUCUAAGAUUAAAUUUGUGCUCAGGUUCAGUAUUGUUUACUGUUCUCAGAUAGCAAGUCAAUAGAUCUUAGGGGUAGGGAGUUCUUGAUUGAUUAUGAUAAUACCUUUAGAACUAAUAAGUAAAAAAAACCUGUUGAUUAAUACCAGUUUGUCUUAGUUUUAUUUUUUUAAUGGAAUAGGGCAGGCAAUGCAGCUAUUCUUGAAAAUUUGGCAGAGAUCCACACCUUGUGGUAUGAAUCAUCAUCUGAGUUACUAUAUUUAACUGUAGCACUUCUUAAACAGCAUAAGUAAACUUGUUAUACUUAUUCAUGUCUCCAUGGAAGAACUCUGUUAUACCUGAUCACUGAAUUAGUAAGUGAACAUGUAAUUGUCACUGCAGUUAAUUUAUGCUGUAUUUCAUUAAUGAUCAGUGGCCUAUGAUAAGACACAGCACAAUAAUAAUUUGCUGCAAAUGAUAAAUAACUGACGCAGCUACACAGAGCUGACAAAAUUAAUUAUGCAAACAUGUCUAAUACAAGAAAAGUCCAUUAUAUCAUAUUAAACUGUAAUUUUAAUUUGUACUUUUAUGUCAGUUUCCUGAGCCUUACUUUGACAAGUUUCCUAACUCUAAUAUAUGACAAAGUUUGUACUUACAGUGUUUACGUUGCUCUGAAUACUAUUCUUUUUAGGACACUGCAUAUGAUGCUAUGUAAGCCAAUCCAUACCCUCUCAUUUUUAUGCAUUUCCAUUUUACAUUGUCCAUCCAACGUAUACUAGCUUUAUGGGACUGCAGGGUUUUAUUCUUUCUUAAAUUGACAUUUUAGUUUUAUAUAAAAAUAGAUUGUGAAGCAGUGAAUGAAACAGUGGUCCUUACAACUACUUAAUCUGGCACAUUCCAAUGAAUGCAAUUAUUAAGCAGUAAGUCUGAGUUUUGUGGCCUUAGGAUCUCUUAUUUAACAAAUCUGUUUUGUUAGGUGGUGGUUGAACCAAUUUUUGUUUUCAAAAAAAGAUAUGGCUCAAAUGAUCCACUGAGUGCUUUCUCAUAUGUUAUAUGACUGUGUUGUCUUUCAUGUUCUGACUAUGGAAGCAACUACAUACAGUAGUAGUAUCAUUGCCUGUGCUUCUGUCAUUGAGUAAAUUGUGCUACUACUAUUUUCUAGAUUAAGCAUCUUAUAUAGUGAGUAUUCAAGAUUAGCUUUAUGAAUGAGCAAUACUGUAUCUUAACCAAAGAUUGCAUUUUUCUGAUCACUAUUUUUUCUUCAAAAAAU